GAGAGAGAGAGAAAUAGAGAGAGAGGAGCAGUAGCACUAGUAUUUUUACCCCUUUUUCUAGAUCUCCAUGACUGACUCUGGUAGUGCUUGAGGUCGAUCCAUCGAAGAACAACAACACCACCAAAUUCUCCAAAUUAGGUUUUCCUACGUUAAAAAAAGAAAAAAAUGAUAACAGGAAAGGACAUCUACGACGUGCUGGCAGCGAUCAUCCCGCUGUACGUGGCGAUGAUCCUGGCGUACGGGUCCGUCCGGUGGUGGAAGAUCUUCACCCCGGACCAGUGCUCCGGCAUCAACCGGUUCGUGGCGGUGUUCGCCGUCCCCCUCCUCGGCUUCCACUUCAUCUCCUCCAACAACAUCUACGCCAUGAACUUCCACUUCAUCGCCGCCGACAGCCUCCAGAAGGUGGUGAUCCUCGCCGCCCUCUCCCUCUGGCACUGCCUCGGCAACUCCGCCACCCUCGAGUGGCUCAUCACCCUCUUCUCCCUCUCCACCCUCCCCAACACCCUCGUCAUGGGCAUCCCCCUCCUCCGCGCCAUGUACGGCGACUUCUCCGCCAACCUCAUGGUCCAGAUCGUCGUCAUGCAGAGCGUCGUCUGGUACACCCUCAUGCUCUUCAUGUUCGAGUACAGAGGCGCCAAGCUCCUCAUCUCCGACCAGUUCCCGGAGACCGCCGCCUCCAUCACCUCCUUCAAGGUCGACUCCGACGUCAUCUCCCUCAACGGCCGCCAGCCGCUGCAGGCCGACGCCGAGAUCGGCGACGACGGCAAGCUCCACGUCGUCGUCAAAAGAUCCGCCUCGGCUUCAUUAAUCUCCUCCUACAACAAGGAGAUGCACUCCUCCGGCAUGACGCCGCGGGCCUCGAACCUCACCGGCGUCGAGAUCUACUCCGUUCAAUCCUCCCGCGAGCCGACCCCCCGCGCCUCCAGCUUCAAUCAAACCGAUUUCUACGCCAUGUUUAACAGCAAGGCCGCCAGUCCCAAGCACGGCUACACGAAUAGCUUCGGCGGGGAUAUUUUCUCGUUGCAAUCGUCCAAGGGGGCGACGCCGAGGACAUCGAAUUUUGACGAGGAAAUGAUGAAGGUUGGGAAGAAGAGAGGCGGGGGCGGCGGUCGGAGUAUGAGCGGGGAGCUGAGCACUCAGGGCUCGUACCCCCCGCCCAAUCCCAUGUUCUCCGGCGGGCCCCGGAGAAAGGAUAGUGGCAAUAUGAGCAACAUCAAUAAUCAUCAUACCGGUAGCAAUCCGAACAAGGAGCUUCACAUGUUCGUUUGGAGCUCGAGCGCUUCGCCGGUGUCCGAAGCCAACAUGAGAAACGCCGUCAAUAAAGCCGCCUCGUCGGACUUUGCAACGCUCGAUGCCGCUGCGAAAGCGGUUUUGGAAACUCCCACUAGAGACAAUUCAAAAACCGUAGUCGAGGACAAGACGGAGAAUGAAAUCGAGGAGGCGGGGAAGUUUCCGGCGAACGCGUCGCCGUACUCGUGCCAUAAGAAAAUGGAUCCGGAGGAGGGAGGAGCGGUGGAGGGAAAGAAGACACAAAUGCCGCCGACGAGCGUGAUGACGAGGCUUAUACUCAUCAUGGUUUGGCGUAAACUUAUCCGAAAUCCCAACACAUAUUCCAGCCUUUUAGGCCUCAUAUGGUCACUUGUUUCCUACAGGUGGAACAUCGAAAUGCCUUCCAUUGUCAAAGGAUCGAUUUCGAUCUUAUCGGAUGCAGGCCUGGGCAUGGCCAUGUUCAGUCUAGGUUUGUUCAUGGCAUUGCAGCCGAAGAUCAUAGCGUGUGGGAAGUCAGUGGCGACAUUUUCGAUGGCGGUAAGAUUCUUGACGGGCCCCGCCGUCAUCGCCGCCACCUCCAUAGCGAUCGGCCUCCGCGGCGUUCUUCUGCACGUAGCCAUUGUUCAGGCGGCACUCCCGCAGGGAAUUGUCCCCUUCGUGUUUGCAAAGGAAUACAAUGUGCAUCCGGAUAUACUAAGCACUGCGGUUAUUUUCGGAAUGCUGAUAGCUUUGCCGAUAACAAUUUUAUACUACGUGCUGCUGGGGCUGUAAGGUCGUGUUUGGAUGGUGCAGAAAAUGAAGAAUUUGCUAUAUUAAAGAAGUGAUAUAGUACCAUUAAUUAAUUAAUUGGUAGAUGAGACAAGAGCAGAUGAGAAAAAGAGUAAUUAAUUUUGGGCAUCGGAAUCAGUGUAGUGUACAAGUUGGAACUCAUGGUAUUCGUAUGCUAUGCUGUCCAGUCCUGCACAUCAUGGUAUUCAUAUGCUAUGCUGUCCAGUCCUGCACAUCAUGGUAUUCGUAUGCUAUGCUGUCCAGUCCUGCACCAUGUGCCUGCCUGCCUGCCUGCCUCCUCUCAUCUUACUUGCACCCUUUUCUUUAUUUCUAUUCUAUUUUUAUGUCUCUUCUUCUCUUUUAACCAAUUCUUUAGAUUUAGAUUUAGAUUUUUUUUAUUUUUUAUUUUUAUAAUUUUCAGUGUUAUUUGUUAGGAAAUGCAUUGAAGAAUCUCUAGAAAUGUUGUAAUAUCAAAGGGCUGCUUUUACUAUUUGUUUACUUUUAAUU